AUGGCCCAGAUCAGAGCCCCUGUUAUUGUGCUGCUCGUGCUCCUGGCUGUGGGGCUGUUUGCUGCCAAGGCUUCUGCAGCUAAACAAGGUUUUCCUACAGGCUGUUGUACACGUUACUCCCAGGGUAGGAUAGACAUUGGUCUCAUCCGUGGCUUUUCCGUACAGACAGUGAUGGACAACUGCAACAUUGAUGCUAUCAUUUUCCACACGGUCAGCGGGAGAUUCCCAUGUGUGGAUCCCACCAAGGGCUGGGUUAUGAAAGCUGUUCAAAAGCUGAGGGAGAGAGCGGAAUGA